GAAGAGGAGGACAUGUCUUGUUUCCCUUCAGGAGGUCGGCUGCAGAGGGGCCAACUGCCCUUUCUGGCAAUUCCAUUAACAACUCCUCUUUCAUCCUGGCUUCGGAGAGAACAGAGAGGAGAGAUCCUCUGAACGACUUCAAACAUUACACUGGAGGAUGGAAUAUCAGCAAUCGACAUUACUGGGCUUCUGUUGGUUUCACUGCUGCUCCUCUGUUCGGUAUUGCCCUUGUGUGGUUCGUGAUCUUUGGAUUGAUUUUGAUCAUUAGCGCCUGCUGUUACUGUUGCUGUCAUCGUCCUUUACACCCCCAUUCUUUAUCAGCUUAUGCCAUCUCUCUGUCAUUGCUCAUCCUCUUCACCUUGGCAGCUAUUGUUGGAUGUGUUCUUCUUUACUAUGGACAGCAAAAAUUUCACAAAAGCAGCUCGGAUACGUUAGAUUAUGUUGUUAACCAGGCAAAUUUUACUGUGGAAAACCUUAGGGGAUUUUCUGGCAAUUUGUCGGCUGCUAAGAGGAUACAAGUGACUAAUAUGCUUAUUCCAACUGAUGUACAAAGUAGGAUUGAUGACAUUGUGACUAAAGUUAAUACAUCUGCAAAUGAUCUGGAUAGACGGGCGUCUAAAAAUUCUAAAAAUAUUAGACAUGUGCUGAACACUGUGCGAUUAAUUCUGAUCAUUGUCGCAGCUGUGAUGCUUCUGUUGGCAUUUCUCGGAUUUAUUUUUUCCAUAUUGGGACUGCAAUUCCUCGUAUACGUGUAA